AUGAAUUCUCUUGAGAAAGUUGAUCCAGUGUUUUAUAUGGACAAAAACGUUACGGCAUGUGACUUGCCUGAGAUUGUAGUUUGCUACAAUGAAAAAACUUAUCAUGUGGUGAAGGAUAUAUGUGUCGAUGAUUCGGUGAGGUGUAACUCAGACUCAAACUCAAACCAGUGUUCACCAAAUCCUUUAAAAACAAAGUCCUUGAAAGACAGAAACUGUAAGCUUGAGGAUUCUGAGCUUCGUAAUGAUCCUGAGGCAAACCAAGAUGUUGAAGAAACUUCAAGAGAUGAAGUGGCUACAUCGGAGAAUGUCUUGAAAGAAUCUUUAACUUUGGAAGAUGAACAAAAACCACUUAAUAACAGCAACAAGAAUAAUAAACGUGAAGAACAAUCUCUACUUCAGCUACAGGAGAAGGGUACAAGAAGCUUAGGCACCCCAGCUCUCAAAACAGAGCUUGAAGAAACAGUGGAUCCAUAA